AUGGAGGAACUCAUACAGACAACGAGGAGGAACUCAUACAGACAACGAGGAGGAACUCAUACAGACAACGAGAAGAAACUCAUGCAGGCAACGAGAAGGAACUCAUACACACAACGAAGUGGAACUCAUACAGACAACAUGAAGGAACUCAUACUGAAAACGAAGUGGAACUCAUACAGACAACGAGGAGGAACUCAUACAGACAACGAGAAGGAACUCAUACAGACAACGAGGAGGAACUCAUGCAGACAACGAGAAGGACCUCAUACAGACAACGAGGAGGAACUCAUACAGACAACAAGGAGGAACUCAUGCAGACAAAGAGGAGGAACUCAUGCAGACAACGAGAAGAAACUCAUACAGACAACGAGGAGGACCUCAUACAGACAACGAGGAGGAACUCAUACAGACAACGUGGAGGGACUCAUAACAAAAUGCCCAAUAAUGCUUGCUGGACCUCAGGCCCAGGAUUGA